AGGAGAUGACCAGAGACUGCGGACAUAGUACAAGAGAUGACCAGAGACUGCGGACAUAGUACAGGAGAUGACCAGAGACUGCGGACAGUACAGGAGAUGACCAGAGACUGCAGACAUAGUACAGGAGAUGACCAGAGACUGCAGACAUAGCACAGGAGAUGACUAGAGACUGCAGACACAGUACAGGAGAUGACCAGAGACUGCGGACAGUACAGGGAUGACCAGAGACUGUGGACACAGUACAGGGGAUGACCAGAGACUGCGGACACAGUACAGGGAUGACCAGAGACUGCGGACACAGUACAGGGGAUGACCAGAGACUGCGGACACAGUACAGGGAUGACCAGAGACUGCGGACACAGUACAGGGAUGACCAGAGACUGCGGACACAGUACAGGGAUGACCAGAGACUGCGGACACAGUACAGGAGAUGACCAGAGACUGCGGACACAGUACAGG